UAGCUAUGAAUGUUAUUAUCACAAACCACAAGCUUGUCGAAUUGUCACCAUUGUACAGCUUUAUAUAUACUUGUAGCCAGCUUUAUAGCCAGCUAGCUAGCUAGAGCGGUAUAUAACACGGACGCCAUUGCCUGUAGAGUGCAUGUCAAGUGGAGACAUCAGGAAUAAUGUUGUGUCCAGAGCUGCUCCUCACUGCCCUGGCUGUGGUGUGUGUAAUGUCAGGAGGUAGCUGUCAGUUCACCACCAUGCCACCCAACCCAACUAUCGUUAAUGAAGGGGACUCUGUUACACUGCAAUGCGUCUACACCAACGCCACCGCUAUAUCUUGGCGUAGAGACAAUGUUGCCAUAAAGACCGGCUCUGGUUAUAUAGUGACAGUGGGUGGGCCAUCCCAAUCUAACCUCACCAUCCAAUCAGCUGAUCGAAUGACCCACAACGCCACCUUCUCCUGCGUGGCCACUCUGACAGAUAACACCACUCAGAGCUUUGACCUACAGCUGUUAGUGUAUUAUAUAGAUCAAACGGUGGGCCUGUCCUUAUCUCUGGAUUCAUGUUCAGGGAGUACCGUGUAUAAUGGGUCCACAGUCACCCUCUCAUGUUCCCCUGAUGCCUUCCCACCGCCCUCCUCUAUCUCCUGGCUACUCAAUGAGAACGCAGUGGUGGAGGGAUCAAACAUUGGCAUCAGUCAAGAUAGGCUUGUCCUCACGAUAACGAGUAUCUAUGGCAACCAGUCCGGCCAAUGGGUGUGCAGGGCAGAGAACAGUGUGGGAACUGCUGAAGGCUUGGUUGAGCUGGCAGUUAGAGUGCUGGUGACGAGGAGUGCUAUUAUUGAGCAUGGCUCAAGGGCAGAGAGCACCAACACAUACCUAGUCAAGAGAGGGGGGAUGGCUGAGCUCAACUGUGUCUUCACACCACCUCUCUUUGGAGACAAUCAGUUUGUUGCUCUGAGUGUGGAUGGCUCUGGUAUAGUAUCAGGGAAUCUUGGCUACAGAGUGACAGUGCUCCAGUGUAGUGUCCUCCUCAGAGUGGACCCAGUACAGGACAUACAUGAGGGGACAUAUCGCUGCAGACACACCAUCUUGGGUGUCACCUCUCAAGCCGUACAACUCACCAUAGCAACUAUUCGCCAGAGCUACAACGUGACCAUGUCUCCCCUCUCCCCUCUGGGGGUUGGACAGAGCGUGACCUUCACUUGUACCCCCGAGGGCUCUCCUGGCAAUGUCAUGGAGCGUCUCUCCUGGCGCUUCAUGAGUAACCAAACUGGAAUGUCUGGCACAGUGUCCAUGGUGGACCCUCGGGUCAGUAUAGAGGAUGGUGGGCGGAGGCUAGUCAUUACAGACCUCACUGUUGACUACAGUGGGGUGUGGUCUUGUGUCGCCUCUAACUCUUUGACCUCUGAUGUUAUCAACAGUCUGCCACUGACCGUGGAAGCUCCGCCCCCCACGAGUGUGCAGCCUGACUUCAAUAUUGUUAAACUCGGCACCCCCCACACUCUAAUCUGUCAGGUGAUCUCUACACGAACCAUUGCCUUCUCUUGGAUUGUAGGGGGUGUGGCCUACGAGGAGACGAGUGGCCGUAUCAUCAUCUCCAACACCCCCACCACCUCCACACUCACACUUCGCACACUAGAGGAGGGUGACCUUGGCAAUGUAACGUGUGUAGCUACUGACCCCGUACACCGUCCUGUCAGUUUCUCUGCUGUAUUGCAAGAGAGCCCUUUGUUCUAUAUAUACGGCGCCAGUGAGCGUAGGAACUUCACACUACAAGUGGACAGUCCCUUCAGACUUGACUGUGGUGUAAGGGGCGGGCCCGCUACCGUGAGAUGGUUCAAAGGUCGCCAAGAAGUACCAGCACAAGGCGACGGGUUACAAGUACAGUUAUUAUCCAAUGGGACGUCAUCGUUGCGACGGGAAACCACGCUACGAGAGGAUCAUGGCAGUGACUACCUGUGCAAGGCAGAGAGGUCAGGGGUCGACUCGUCGCUGACUCAACGGUUUAACAUAUUUAUCUUUGUUCCCGGGAUGAUAGUGAGUGCCCCGCCCCCGGAGAGUGUGGCUGUGUUGGGAAGUCGCUAUCAAUUAGACUGUUCGGCUACCGGUCAGCCGGAACCACUCAUCACCUGGCGCUUUAGGGGCUCCCCCAUCCGUGACCUCCGGAGCAGCUCUCUGACUGACUAUGGUAAUGGCAGUCUGGUGUUUCAUCCCGUCAACAAGAGUCACGAGGGCACGUACGUGUGUUCCAUUGAAGCUCCCUCGUUCCUGGUGGAGACUACCAUAUUAACAGUGGAAGAUCCCCAACCAACCAUGCUGUCAGGAGUGGAGAUAGCUCUGUGUGUGGUCAUCGUUGUCAUAGCAGCUAUCAUAUUGAUAGUGUCGGCUGUCAUGGCUAUAGUCUGCUCAUUCCAGCAUUACCAACGUUCCAAGUCCACUGGCCAUUUCGAGGAUCGACACGACUCGCCCCAGGGCAUGUUUGAUCGUCAACCCUCCCUAAGAGAUAAAGACAACAGUGGUAUCUUGAGAGGGCCUUCUAAUGACAUCCUGGAUACGCUACAAAAGUCCCCUCAUUACGGUGGUGCUAGCACUUAUUCUAUUAAUCCCAGUACUGGAUUUCAACUGGACAUGUAUAGUCGAACCUCUCAUAACUCCACCCCCCUCCACGGGACGGCUACCUCCACUCCCCUCCACGGUACAGUGGCCUCAACCAGUCUGUUCAGCUCAGAGGAUCCAACAUCAGUCACUGGGCCUCUGCCCAACUACCCAAGGUCCAAUCUCGAGCUUAGCGAUGUGAUGGGAGAGGGGGAGUUUGGUCCGGUUGUGUUGGGUGUGGCCAACCACAUAGUCCCCACCCAUGACAAGACUCUAGUGGCUGUCAAGGUGUUGGUCUCCCAGGGAGAUGAGGAGACCUUGCGUCCUGAGGUAGCACUCAUGGACUUUGCUAAUCAGAUGAAGCUCUCUUAUACCAACAUAGCCUCCAUAUUGGGUAUCUGCAGCGAUGGAGAACCCUACUAUGUCAUCUACGAGUACCUGGAUCAGGGUGAUCUGAAGAAGUUCUUACAAGGCUCUCAACCAGAGGAGGGGGAUCCACCCACCCUCACACCUGCUGACAUGCGUAAGAUGAUUCUGCAAGUGGCGGACGGCAUGGCCUACCUAUUCUCUCAGCGUAUCAUUCACGGUGACCUUGCUACGAGGAAUUGUCUAGUCUCCUCCACACUAGAGGUCAAGAUUGCCGACCUGGGCAUUGGGCACGACCUCUACAACCACGAUUACUACGACAACGGAGCACAGCUACUGCCGAUUCGUUGGAUGCCUCCGGAGCUAUUACAGGAACUGGAGGAGGGGCCCAACUUCUCCCUGCAUAGUGAUAUCUGGUCAUUUGGUGUGUUCUGUUGGGAGGUGUUUGCGUACUCACGAUUGCCUUACGAGACAUUUGAAGACAAUGAGAUCUUAUCUAUAGUGCCUGGAGGCUCUAGACUGCGUCGUCCCAGUCCCUCUUGUCCCCACUCUCUCUAUGACCUCAUGACGGAGUGCUGGAGUGAAAUACCAGAUAAUAGACCACAGUUUGCCAGAUUGUGUGUGGCCAUUGUAGAUCUAGACUUUGGUAGAGACACUCAGAAUGGUUAUAGUCAGUAGGUGAAUGUAUUAAUUACCAGUGGGAGGGUUCAUGUCAUAGUCUCUUAUCUCUUGAUCAUCGUGCAGACUUUAUACAUAAUUUCUUUGCACUCCAUUUCACUAGCCGCUCAGUAGUUUUGUGUGUGUGUGGGUCAUUUGGCCCGCACAUGACUUUUUAUUACGCUAAUUUUUAUACUGACUUUCAAGUUCAAUAAAUUCACUAAAACAAUA